AUGGAUUAAAAAUCAAAUGAAAUGGAAAUGGAAAUGGCUAUGGUUCAUUUGGCCAAACCAGAAAUCAAUGAAUAAAUUGAAGAAUAUAAAGUCUACACAAGGAGAUAUAUAAUGGCAUCCUUUUUUGCAUUCUCCACUGUAUUUGAAUUUUUAAUUUAAAGAUCUGUUCAUCUAUGAUGUUUUCAACUUGCAAUCCAAUCGCAUCAGUUUUGGCAGCAGUUUAUGAUAUCCCAACAUUUGUUGUUUCAUUAGCUGCCAAUGGAUUUCUAUUAAUGCACCCACUGUUGACUUUUGUCUGUAAUUCAAUCAAUCUUAAAAUCAGAAACAUUUAUUGUCAAUCAAACAGAUAUUUCGGUUAGUCUCAAAAUUGGAUGUGCAUUAACAUUGCUAGGCGCAUUAAUAAGAACAGCCACCAUUAUCACUGAGAGGUUGUAUAGUUUCACUAUAAUAUAGAUUUUACACUGUUAUUUUGGGAUCCCUUAUUGCAGGAAUGGGGAGACCCUUCAUUAUCAACAUUUAAGCCAAUGUUGCAAAAGAAUGGUUCAGACCCGAGGAUAAGACUACCGUUAUGAUCGCCUUCUCAUUCAUCAUCACAUGUUCAAGUGUUUUUGGGUACAUCAUACAACAUAUUUCUCAUAAAGUGUGAUAGUGCCAGGCUAAAUAUUCAAGGGUUAUCAAUAUGAAACGGAUCCUGAUAACGGUAAAUGGCUAACAGGAGAACUGAUGGUUAUUGAAUUAGAAAUCUUUAGUGCUAUUUUAAUUCCUGCCAUUCUAUUCUUUAGACCAAGUCCCCCUACUCCACCUGGUCCAAUCAAUAAAUAUAGAGAUGAGUUUACAUACAUGUAAUCCUUGAAGAUCACAGCAAAGAAUAAAAAUUUUGUAUUUCAUAUAUUAUAUCAUUAUAGCUCUUGCUUUUCGUCUGUUAUAGUCUAUUGAUGGGUGGAUUUCAUGCUUUGGCUGUUGUUAUUUCAUACCUUUUUAAUCCCUUUGGUUUCACUCCCUCAUAAACCAGCUUCAUAUGUAAAUUAUGUACCUUUUUACGUUUCAGAAAGUUCUCCCAUCGUAUGUGGAUUUGUUAGUUCAGUCAUGUACUCCAUAUUAAUCAGAAAAUAUCACUUGAAUCAUAAGAAAAUAGUUUUGUUCAAUUUGAUCCCUGUUUUAGCUAGUUUGGGUUUGAGUUACUUUGCCUUGAUGACUGAAAGUCUGCCUCUUGUGUUGAUAUGCUAUUCAGUAUUCUAAUUUAGUUUUAUAGGUUCUUGGCUUUUUUGUGAUCCCUUGCAUACCAUUACAACUUGAAUUAGCAUGCAAAGUCCUGCAUCCUAUUAAUCAAACUAUAGCAGUAGGCUUUUUACUGGCUGGUGUGCAUAUAUGGAGUUUCGUUUUCGGUGAGAUUCUUUCAGUAAUAACUCAUGACCAAAAUAAGUAAAAAUGACAUCUCCUAAUCAUCAUUAGAACUCAAGCCUUCUAUGGAUGUUUAUUGCUCUUUCUGUCAUUUUUGGCUGCGGCAAUCUGCUUCUCUAGAGUGAAAUUACCCAAGGAAGAAGAGGAAGAAGAAGCUACUUAGGUUAACCAAUCUACUCAGGAUGGAAUAUGA